CCUCACAGCCCCGCUGAGGCCAGCUCGGGGACCAGGGCACCAGGAGAGGGGCGGCGCCUCGGGGCCCGGCACCAUGCCUUUCGGCCUGAAGCUCCGCCGGACCCGGCGCUACAACGUCCUGAGCAAGAACUGCUUCGUCACGCGCAUCCGCCUGUUGGACAGCAACGUCAUCGAGUGCACGCUGUCGGUGGAGAGCACAGGGCAGGAGUGCCUGGAGGCCGUGGCGCAGAGGCUGGAGCUGCGGGAGACACACUACUUCGGCCUGUGGUUUCUCAGCAAGAGCCAGCAGGCGCGGUGGGUGGAGCUGGAGAAGCCGCUGAAGAAACAUCUGGACAAAUUCGCUAACGAGCCUCUGCUUUUCUUCGGCGUCAUGUUCUACGUCCCAAACGUGUCCUGGCUUCAGCAGGAGGCCACCAGGUACCAGUAUUACCUGCAGGUCAAGAAGGACGUGCUGGAGGGCCGGCUGGGGUGCUCGCUGGAGCAGGCCACCCGGCUGGCCGGCCUGGCCGUGCAAGCUGACUUCGGAGACUACAACCAGUUUGAUUCUCAAGAUUUCCUCAGAGAAUACGUGCUAUUUCCUAUGGUGAGUGUGAUUUCCUUUUUUUGAAUGAAUUGGGUCACCCCCGCCCCCAGCCGCGACCUUCUUCCAUUCAGCGGGAUCCUGCCAGCCGAGGCCGAGCUCAUGUACAUCAACGAGGUGGAGCGCUUGGAUGGCUUCGGACAGGAGAUCUUCCCCGUGAAGGACAACCACGGCAACAGCGUUCACCUGGGCAUCUUCUUCAUGGGGAUUUUCGUGAGGAACCGGGUCGGGAGACAGGUGGUGAUAUAUAGGUGGGGUGACAUCGGAAACAUCAGCCACAACAAGUCCACCAUCCUCGCCGAGCUGGUGGGCAAAGAGGAGACCGCCCUCUUCCACACGGCGGAGCUCCCGGAGCGAGCCCAGGGUUCCGUGACACGGCGUCCGGCCAGUUAUGAAGAGCCCAGACAAUCAAACUCUCCACCCCCCAUCAGACGCCAGCCCACCUGGAGCCGGUCCUCACUGCCCCGUCAGCAGCCUUACAUCCUGCCGGCGAUGCAUGCACAGUGCGGCGAACACUACUCGGAAACUCACGCCUCGCAAGCCGAGCGCCAACACGGGCAGCCCUGCUCGCCGCCUCUUCCAGCUGCACCCCAAGUGUUUCGGGGCGCCGAGGCCGCGCGGGCUGCAGCCCGUCCCCUCGGGAACCUGGAGAAGGAGAAAGUGGCGGGACUGGAGGCUCAGAAGAGACCGUUGACGCUGGCCGCGCUCAACGGCCUCCCGGUGGCUCGGGUCUCGGGCUGCGAAGAGAGCCGCGUGGAAGCCGCCCGGGUGCCCACGGACGAGCGGUUCAGAACCCUGAAGAAGAAGUUGGAGGAGGGGAUGGUGUUCACGGAGUAUGAGCAGAUCCCAAAGAAAAAGGCCAACGGCCUCUUCAGCACGGCCACGCUGCCCGAGAAUGCCGAGCGCAGCCGCAGCCGUGAGGUGGUGCCCUAUGAGGAGAACCGCGUGGAGCUGGCCCCCACUAAGGAGAACAGCACGGGCUACAUCAAUGCCUCCCACGUCAGGGUGAGCGGGCGCGGGCGGGGGGGCGAGGGCGCCGGCUCACCAUCGCCUGCCCAGGGCUCCCUGGGCCGUGUGGGCACAGUCGCGGGGUCCUUCUUGGUCCCCGUGCACACCGAGACCCUCCCGGCCCCCGCCGGCCGGCAGCUGGGUCUGUGCAGGACAGUUCUGGCCAUCCUGGUGAUCGCCCUCCCCCUCGGGGAGAGCGGCCGCACCAAGAGCCACCGGUACUGGCCCAAACUGGGUUCCAAGCACAGCUCAGCCACCUACGGCAAGUUCAAGGUCACCACCAAGUUCCGCACCGAUUCUGGCUGCUACGCCACCACGGGUCUGAAGGUCAAGCACCUGCUGUCCGGGCAGGAGAGGACCGUGUGGCACUUGCAAUACACAGACUGGCCCGACCACGGCUGCCCCGAGGACCUGCAGGGCUUCCUGUCCUACCUGGAGGAGAUCCAGUCGGUACGUCGCCAUACUGACAGCGUGCUGGAGGAGGCUGGCCGCCGGCCGCCGCCCGUCAUUGUGCACUGCAGCGCCGGCGUGGGCAGGACUGGCGUGGUCAUCCUCUCCGAGCUGAUGAUCUACUGCCUGGAGCACAACGAGCCGCAUCUCAUGCCCUUCUCCUUCUUCCAUGCACCCCACUCGGACUCCGUCACCUCGGCCCCCUCGGGGAGGCCCAGUCCCUGUGGGGCCCUCUGGGACACCAGCCAAGGAAUCGACCUGGAAGCUCAGGGUGUUACGGGACCCCACCUCGCGGACGGGUUCACAGGAGGAAGCUACAGUCUGAUGGAUCCUUCCGUGCUUGGAGUGGACACUGGCCUCACACCCGGGGGCUGUGUCAGCCCGUCAGCACCGCCACCCUGGAACCGGACCCCGCCACCGCGCCCUGCCGUCCUCACUGACCGCUCCGUCCCCUGGGCCACCGUGGGGAGCCCGAGAAACCCUCAGCUGUAG